AGUAUUACAAAUAGAGCGGUUAAAAAAAGCUUGCUUCUUGGGCCACAUUUCUCGUGCUCGUCACAACAUAAUUGUUCUGUGGGAGUUGUGCCGGCAAACAAGCAGAGAAGCUUCUAAAUGACGUGAUGUCUCAGCCCAAACACGCAAUGACUUCAAAACUUCCAAUGAUUGUAGGGCUCCUGAUGUCACGUAACGACUUCGAAUGUGUUUGAAGAAACAAACAAAAGCUCAAUGUUGAGGAGGCUGGCCGCGCUCAUUUUGUGCAAGUCACAGGUCCCAAUCUCGUGCAUAUUUUCCGAAGUGUUUCUUGAGCUCUUCGACGAUGAGUAGAAGAAUGGGCUUCAAACGAGCUGGAACUUGCUUUGCUUCAAAUUGUGCCCGAACCGACUUGUGGCUUUGGGGCUUCAGUGCAAGUAACGUGCGCGACAUCGAGUGCAAGACAAAAGUCUAAGCCACUUCGGUCACUCAAGAAGACCUUCACACACUUUUCUUAUCUUUACGCAAUAAAUGUUCAAUUAAAUGUGAUACCAAUCAGUGAAGUAAUUGCAGAAAAUUGUGUGAUGUAAUUUAAAUUGACAAAUCUUUCCUGAAAACUGCCUUUUUUUUUUUCAAAAUGAAAUGGCUGGUUUCAUAAUUCAUAAUGUGUACCGGUUUGUUCCGUAACAUGUCGAAAAAUGUUGCUCAUUGGUUUCCAAAGAGAGGCCAAUACUUGGAUAUUUACUCUUCAGAAGCUGCACUUCAGAGCAGUUUCAAAUUCAAAAAAUUAUCGAAACAAUUCAGCUGUGAUAAAAAUUAAUCCCCAAUGAAUUGGAUCAUUGGUUAGUUGUUGAUUCAUGGUUGCGGGUCGACAUGGAUUGAGCGCAAGUGUGGUCUAAUGAUGUCACUUCCAGUCAGAUGGCGGCAGUGGUGCUGUUGUACUUGCUGUUGGUGAGGAUUAGCGAAGCAGCACCGACCCACGAUGAGGUAGUCAACCUUCCCGGGAUUCCCAAGCAGCCGGGCUUCCGGCACUUCUCGGGCUACCUCAGUGUGGCGGGCGGCAAGCAUCUGCACUACUGGUUCGUCGAGUCUCAGAACUUUCCGGCGUCCGACCCGGUCGUGCUUUGGCUCAACGGCGGUCCCGGCUGCAGCUCGCUGGACGGGUUGCUGACGGAGCACGGACCCUUCCUGGUGGAGGAUGACGGCGCCACUCUGAGAGAAAACACACAAUCCUGGAACAAGAUCGCCAACAUGCUGUACCUGGAGUCUCCGGCGGGGGUGGGCUUCUCCUACUCUGAUGAUGGCACCUACGCCACCAAUGACACGGAGGUCUCCAUGCUCAACUACUUGGCGCUGAAAGAGUUCUUCCGUCUUUUCCCCGAGCUGAGCACCAACCCGCUUUUCCUGAUGGGAGAAAGCUACGGCGGCAUUUACGUGCCCACGUUGGCCGAGAGAGUCAUGGAGGACGCUGCUCUCAACCUUCAGGGCAUGGCGGUGGGCAAUGGAAUGUCGAGCUACAAGCUGAACGACAACUCACUAGUAUACUUUGCGUACUACCACGGCCUGCUGGGAAGCCAUCUGUGGAGCCGCCUGCAGGCGUGGUGCUGCCGCCGAGGCAGAUGCGACUUCCACCGAAAUCCCGACGUUAACUGCUCGGCUGCCCUGGUUGAGGUUCAGGACAUCAUCUACGGCUCGGGGCUCAACAUGUACAACCUCUACGCGCCUUGUCCGGGGGGCGCUGCCCACAGGUUCAGUGCGGAGCGAGGCACUUCAUUCCAGUUCAUUGUUGCUUGCUUCCUCUUUCCGGGAGUAGUGCGCCCGGCGUUGUUGUGUUGUGAGCAGAGCAGGCACGUGAAAGGGGAGUCGACAACUAGUACGCUGCUCCUGGGCUGGUGCUAUGGCUAGUGUCCACAAAGACGAGGAAAUUUGCUCCCCUUUAGGCUUCAAGUCAUUCGUUUGGAAGCACUUUGGAUUCCAAAGAAAAGAUGGCUCAACGGACAAGACACGUGCAGUUUGUAAAUCCUCCCAUGCGGUGAUCAAAUAUACAGGGAGCACAAAUCUCGCCGCACAUUUAAAGAAAAAACACGACAUCAAAGUUCAGUGUUAAAGUAAGCAAUUUGUAUACUACAAUACUCUUGUAAUUUCCCAAAUAAAGAGUUUGCAGUA